GCUCAUUUCACGUCACACAUAAGAAGCUUUAAAAAGGUUUUUUCAUGCUAUCCAGCUGUGACAUCUCUCCUUCAAGCAUCAGGUACAUAGAAUUGUCUGGCAUCACUAUGGGAAAAAUCCAAAUCCUCAGCUGGGUCUUGCUUAUUUUUCUGGUCACUAAAUACACUGUAGCAAAAAAGCAAUGUAAAUGUCAUUCUAAUGAAAAUAAUGGAAAAAAUACAUUGCGGUAUAAUCUGAAACUGAAUCCAUAUUAUGCAGGCUACAAAGAGGAACUUCGCACAGCAAUAAAAAAUUUAAUGUCUCCAAACACCACCGAGACUAAAUUUAUGUUAUACAAUGAGGGAAGAGACAAUAUUUUUUGUCCAAUUGUGACACUACAUCCAGAAACUCUAGCAAAAUGUGCUUUUAAUGCUACGCUUCCUCUAGUGAUAAUAGUUCAUGGAUGGUCGCUUGAUGGAACUAUGGAACCUUGGGCCCAGAAGAUGGCAUCUGCUUUUAAAUCCAGUAAUAAGCAAAUUAAUGUUAUCAUUGUUGAUUGGGUAAUCUCCGCCCAUUCACUUUACCCAGUUGCAGUCCAAAAUGCUCGACUUAUCGGUCUACAGAUAGCCGAAUUUCUGGAAUGGCUUGAGUCAUCAAUCCAAUUUCCAAGAAGUAAUGUUCAUUUGAUUGGUUACAGCCUUGGAGCUCAUGUUUCAGGGUUUGCUGGCAGUUAUAUUAACGGAUCAGACAAGAUUGGGAGAAUUACAGGCCUUGACCCUGCAGGACCUUUAUUUGAAGGAAUGUCUUCAACAGAUCGCCUAUCACCAGAUGAUGCAACCCUUGUUGAUGCCAUUCAUACAAACACACAAGAGAGCUUGGGAUUGAGCAUUGGUAUUAAACAGCAAGUUGGUCACUACGAUUUUUAUCCCAAUGGAGGUAACAUUCAGCCUGGUUGCCAGUUUCAAGACUUAUAUACUCAUAUAGUAGAGCAUGGACUCUCUGGAUUUAAACAGACAGUGAAAUGCUCUCAUGAGAGGUCAGUUCAUCUGUUCAUUGAUUCUAUACUAAAUGAAGAUAUGCCUGUUACUGCCUAUGAAUGCAAAGACAUUGAUACUUUUGAGACAGGGAUGUGUCUAAAAUGUCUAAAAAAUGAGUGCGUUGUAUUGGGGUAUAACAUCAAUAGUAAUGGAGUGUAUCCCGGACGCAGGCUCUUCCUGAAAACACAGUCAAGAAUGCCAUACAAAAUUUACCAUUACCAGUUCAAGAUGCAUUUAAAAAAUAAUAUUGAGGACAAGGAGCUGUUUCCACAGCUAAUGGCUUCUCUUACGGGCACUAAGGGAGACGUAGGGUUUGUGCCCUUAACAAAUCCUGAUGGUGUAAAGGAAAGCGGAACCUACUCUUUCCUCAUUACAACAGACACUGAUAUUGGAGACGUGAUGAUGAUCAAGUUAAAGUGGAUGGGUAAUAAUGACAUAAAGAAUUUCUGGUAUAACAUUCAAGCAAAGAUGCCUUGGACCCAACUUCCUGGUCUCUUAGUAAAGAAGAUACGCGUUAUGGCAGGAGAGACGCAGGAGAGAAUCACAUUUUGUUCCGAAAAUGUUGAUGACUUCAAACUCCUUCCAGAUCUGGAGAAGACCUACGUGAGGUGUUUAAGUAGACUUAAAAGGAAAAUGUCUAAACAAUAGCUGUAAGCAAACAAGCAGCAUCGGGAAGCAGACACAAUCAUCGGCAGAGUAACUACAUUACCAUAGAAUGUACUGUAUGUUUUAAGGAUCCCUUUCUGUUUUCUUCUUAAACUCAACAUUGACCACUGAAUGAAAUAAAACUGGAAUUAGCUAGAGCUCAACUAGUUCAUUCACUUGUUCACCUGA